UUGUUUUAACUGGAACUGCAAAGCAAGGUAGCUAUGGACCACCCAUUUCAUCUUCGGAAGAUGAGAAGAGCAAAUGCUUUAACGAGGGACAAAGGUCCAAUGGCAGUUCACCUUAUUUCUGCUUCUCCAUCAAUAUGCAGGGUCGAUUUGAAAUUCUAUCACUGUCUGGUUCAUUUAUGCUGACAGAAGUUGGUGGUCAGCGGAGCAGAACUGGGGGCUUAAGUGUGUCAUUAUCUGGCCCAGAUGGUCGUGUUUUGGGUGGUGGUGUGGCUGGCCUUCUAACAGCUGCAUCCCCUGUUCAGGUGGUUGUGGGCAGUUUUGUUGCUGAUGGUCGCAAGGAAUCAAAGACAGUGCCUCAAACAGAAGCCUUACCUGCCCAACCAAAGUUUACUGCUGGUGGGAUGCCAACAGGGGCCAGUAGCCCUCCAUCUCGUGGUACUCUGAGUGAAUCCUCAGGUGGACCCAGCAGCCCUCUUAACCAGAGCACAGGAGCCUGCAAUAACCAUAACACUCAAGGCAUGGCAAGCAUGCCAUGGAAGUAAACCCCCUCCUAACUUAAACUAGUCCGGCUAAUUUGUGUAGCAGGCAUGGGAGCUGAUGUUUGUGUUACUAUCUACUGCAGGCAGAUCCGUGUUGUAAUUUAAGUCUUGUCGUGUAAGUUUGGUAGAAUAAGAUUAUAGAAUGCUCUCUGGUGUGACUCUAUUGGUAAGUAGGAAGGUAGUGCCAUUUAGGUAGUAAGAGGUGCUUGUUGGAAUCUAUAAGGCGACCUUGGUUUAGAAGUAGAGCUCCCAUGCUUUUAGAGUAUAUGUUAGAAUGAGAUGGAUUAGUCUGAUUUGUAUUGGUUUAUUGUAGGUGCUUUUUGUUCAUCAGCUUCAGUGAAAUGUAUCCUCGCCUUUUCUAUUUGCAAAAUUAAAUUCAUCCCUAUUCUAUCCGUUCGGAGAAUUUGU